UGCAGAUCUCUCUAGUCAAUUUCAUGCUGCAGGUGCAAUUGUUUCGAGUUACUGAUAGAUCAGUGAUACUUGCCCGGCGUCUUUGUAGCAUCUAUCUCCUCUUCCUUAUGUUUUCCAUUUAGACAUAGUGCCUUUACUGCUUACCUUUACAUUUGGUGUGCACUGUCUGAGGGUGUCUCAUCCUGCAGUCCGCCUGGCUUCGCAGUGCGUCUUAAAGAAACAUUACUUUUUUGUCUUUCUUUUUGAUCCUGUUCUGUCUAUUUGAGUGGAUUACAUUUUCAAUCAAAGGGUUCUUUGUACAUCGACGCAUUUCAUAUUAUGAUUAUAAGAUUAUCGUUUAACCUAUAUGAUUAGGAGAUGGACGUAUAGCCAACUGUUUGAAGAGGAUCGUCGUACAAUCCGUUUAACUCUUUGAAGCUGGGGGCACGACUGACACAGGUUGGAAGAUGUUUUUAUCGAAAAUAAGAUAUUCAUCAACUGGACUGAAGAAUAUCGACACAUUUCUAAGUUUCUAAACCAAAGUUGGAGGUUCUGUAGCUUGCAAUAAACGAGAAUGGAUUCAAGGUGGAUUUACACGAUUUUAAAGGAUUGCUUCAUAAAUAGGGAUUGAACAAGAAUGACUAAAUCCCCUUUUUGUAAAUCUUUUUCCUCGGAAGAUUGCAAAGGUGGAGCGAUCAGGGAAGGCUGAUGACGGACCUGUUAAUCCUUUCAGUGCAUCAAAAGCACCAAAAGGUCUUGGAAACGUUUGGAUGGAAAUCGGGCGAAUGUUUAGACCUGGUCAUAGUUUUAUAUGAAACUGGUGAUUAGUUGUUUUUUAAACCGUGGAAUUCGUUUUUUUUUUUUUAUCAUUAUUUUUUUUUGGUUUUGUUUUGUUUUUGUUUUUCCUUCUCCCUAAUGUGUGUUUUUCAGGUGGUGUAGUAAUGAUCGUUGUUAUCCAUUCUUGAAUUUUCUAAUCAGUCAAUCCUUUCCACUUGAAGUAUUCCUGUAUCUAAAUGGAAUUAGUUGAGAUUGAAGCCCCUUGUAAAAGGAACAGACAUGGUACAUGGGCACAGUUUGCUUCACGUUGUUGCAAGUCUCAUCAUACUUGGGUUGUCUGGGGCAACAAAGAAGGGGGCAGAAAAAGCAAACAUCCCAGGAGCAGCUCAAUGUGGCACCUGGACAAAGAAUCCCGAAGGGGGCAUUUUCACUUCACCCAACUACCCCAACAAAUACCCUCCAGACAAAGAGUGCGUUUACAUUAUAGAAGCUGCACCCAGGCAAUGCAUUGAUCUGUUCUUUGCUGAACAAUAUUCCAUUGAGCCUUCAUGGGAAUGUAAAUUUGAUCACAUUGAGGUUCGAGAUGGACCAUUUGGCUUUUCUCCAAUUAUUGGACGCUACUGUGGUCAACAAAGUCCACCGUUUAUCAAAUCCAGUGGCCGAUAUCUUUGGAUAAAGUUUUUUGCUGACGGAGAAUUGGAGGCGAUUGGAUUUUCUGCAACUUACAAUUUCAUACCAGACCCUGACUUCAAAGACCUUGGGGCUCUAAAACCUUUGCCAUUUUGUGAGUUUGAAAUGGGAGGACCUGAGGGUAUUGUGGAAUCUCAGCAAAUCACAAAAGAAGGGAAAGCCUUAGAAACAGAGGCGGUUGACUGUAAAUGGUAUAUCCGAGCGCCACCGAGGUCCAAGAUCUAUCUGCGGUUCUUGGACUAUGAGAUGCAGAACUCUAAUGAGUGCAAGCGGAAUUUUGUGGCAGUCUAUGAUGGGAGCAGCUCUGUGGAAGACCUGAAAGCCAAGUUCUGCAGCACUGUGGCGAAUGAUGUGAUGCUGCUGACAGGGCUGGGGGUUAUCCGCAUGUGGGCUGACGAAGGCAGCCGCAACAGCCAUUUCCAGAUACUUUUCACAUCUUUCCAAGAACCUCCCUGUGAAGCCGAUGCAUUCUUUUGCCACAGUAACAUGUGCAUCAAUAACACUUUGGUUUGUAAUGGAGUUCAGAACUGUGUGUAUCCGUGGGAUGAAAACCAUUGCAAAGAAAAGAGAAAAGCUAACCUGCUGGAUAACCUCACAAACACCAGCGGGACUAUAAUAGGAGUAACCUCUGGCAUUGUCAUUAUCCUUCUUGUUGUAUCUGUUAUAGUUCAAAUCAAACAGCCUCGCAAAAAAUUCAUCCAAAGGAACGAAGACUGUGACCAAACAGUGUUUCAGGAGGUGUUUGAGCCCCCACACUAUGAACUCUGCACGCUCAGAGGAACGGGGGCCUCUGCUGAUUUGAUGGACAUUGCCGAUGACUUUGAGAACUACCAUAAACUGAGACGGUCUUCGUCGAAAUGCAUUCACGACCACCACUGUGGAUCUCAGAUGUCCAGCAUCAAGGGUAGCCGCAGUAACCUCAGCACGCGGGAUGCUGCUAUCUUAACUGAAAUACAGCCCCAACCUGUAAUCCCACCCACUAACAGGAGGAGCAUCCUGGUGAUGAAGCACAGCUAUUCGCAGGACGCAGCGGAUGGAUGCGAUCUGGAUGAAAUCGAAGAGGUGCCCACGACAAGUCACAGGCUCUCCAGGCAUGAUAAAGCGGUCCAGCGGUUCUGCCUCAUUGGGUCUCUAAGCAAACAUGAAUCUGAAUACAACACAACUAGGGUCUAAGAGACAAACUCAAGGCAGCGACAUCAGCAAACUGCGUCUUGCCAAGUAUGACAUCCAGUGGAAUUAACUCCAUCCUACACGAAAGAACUGCUGUUCUCUGAAAGUUUAAAAAUGUAUUGUGACCAAGAAAAAAAAAAAACUUUUUAUUGUGAUAUGCAUUUGAUAUGUUUUGCUAAACUUGAAGCCAACAUGUUGUGAUGCAGAUGUUUUAAUUACAGUUUCUUUUAGAUUUACUGGUAUGGAUAUUGCAGCCCUCUACAUUGGGUUCUGUCCAUUUUCUUCCCUUAACUGUCUGGCUGGUUGAGGCUGACAGAUAUUUACACUUUUUAAACUUGCAAUGCUUAAUUCAAUUUGCGGCCCUAUUAAGUCUUUCCUGGUUGCCCAGAUUGAUUUAAAACGGAUGUUCCCAUCACUGAUGGUGGUAAUUUGCAAAGGAUUUCUGAGUAAUGCCUGGAGUUGAACAUUACCAUCUCAUGUCAUCUCAGGACCAAAGUGAUUUAUUUUUACUCCAUCCCUAAGGAAGCAUUAAUCCAAGACUUAGUGGGCUGACUCUAAAACUCACUUUUCACUAUUCUAUAAUGAGCUGCAUCUGAAUGGAUUAAAGGUCUUAAAAUCUAUUUUACUACCUUGUAUUACAAUAAGCAACAUCAUCAGUGAUGCUCUUUUUUGUGUUGUUGAAUAUUUUCAUUAAAAUGAUUUUGUAACUCCAAAACGUCACUGAUUUGUUACUGAUUUGUGCAACUCCACUCCUUGGAAUCUGGUUCAUCUGGUAUUAGUCUCCCUUUCCUCUCUGGUAUCUCCUC